AUGAUUAAUAAUGAAAAAAGAAGUGCUAAUAAUCAUGAAAUAGCAAAAUCUUAUUUAUAUCUAUAUACGGAUAAAUCAAUGUAUAUAGAGAAUGUUAAAAAUUUAAUAAAAUACAAAAAAAGAAAAUGGAUAAAUAUGUUUAAGUUAUUGUUUAAAAUUUUGAAUUUGUUCGUAUUUAUUUUUAUUUUUGUAUACAUUGAUGAUGACUUAAGUAAUGAAUUGGGUUAUCAAAAGAAUGACGUAGAAAGUUUAAUACAAUUUAGAAUUAAUAGAUUAUUAACUGAAACGAAAAAGGGAAAUGAUAAAGGUAAAAAGAAAACUCAUUUUAAUAGAUUAGAAGUAGAUUUUAGUAAUAAUAUGAAUAAGGAAGAUUAUAUGAGAGUGGACAAUGACUGUCGAGUGUUAGAUGUUAAUUCCAUGAGUACAAGUGAUGGAAAGUAUGAAGUAAAAGUAACUUUGAAAACUGCAUUAAGUCCAAGGGAGAUAGAUAUAUACGCAUUAAAUAAUUGUAUUAAUAAAAAGGAAUGGGAUAAAAUUAUAAAAGACAUAUAUAAGGAUGAUAAAGAUAAUGAAUUUUCUAAGGUGAAAAAAACAAAAAAGAAAAAGAAGCCUAUAAAAUAUAUAGUAGAUGUAUUGGGAUAUACUAUAUUAAUUGUUGUUCUAAUACCUUUUACCCCUUUUAUUUUACUUGGAGGUUUAGGUAGAUGUACAUUUAAUUCAAAAGAAUCGGGGAAAGAUUAUUUUAAAACUGUAUGGAAUGCACUAUUUUAA